AACAGGAAGUAAGAGUUCUCAGGAGAGGAAACUAAAGUUAGAACCAGGAGAAUGGCCCAAGGCCAUGGAGACACAAAAUAGCACCAUGCCAAACUACAAACUGAUUUAUUUCAAUAUGAAAGGGAGGUCAGAAAUUAUUCGCUACAUAUUUGCCUAUUUGGACAUAAAGUAUGAAGAUCACAGGAUAGAACAUGCUGACUGGCCUGCAAUCAAGUCAACUCUUCCAUUUGGCAAGAUCCCUGUUUUGGAAGUGGAUGGACUUAUCCUUCAUCAGAGCCUGGCAAUAGCAAGAUACCUGACCAAAAACACAGAUUUGGCUGGAAAGACGGCAAUAGAACAAUGUCAAGCUGAUGCCAUCGUGGACACUCUGGAUGACUUCAUGUCACGUUUUCCUUGGGCGGAGAAAAAUCAAGAAGUAAAAGUAAUGCAAUCAGUUUGCUGUCACUACUGUUAA